UAUUAAUUAAUAUAGUAGAAAAUUAAUCAGAGGAUCGAUCUUGUUCGAGAUUGUGACGAGAGAAACAGCGUUUCGCAAGAGCGAACGCCGAUAUCAACCGAUAUCGUUAUUAAUCUGCGAGAAUAAGGUGGAGCUUCUAAUCUGUCCCUACCUCGGCACACGUUUACGGCGUAGAUUUAAUCUGCAUUGCAUUUAAUUAAAAUCAAGUGCUUCCACAGUGGCAUACUCUCGUUGACAAUUGCAUGCAGAUUGGAUUAAGCGCGGAAUUAGAACGGAGGGCAAAUUCACGCUCCGCGCGAACCCGGGUGCUCGUUUGUCCAUAUUAAUAUUCGAAUACGUGAAACUAGGGCGAAUCACCGUUGUAAACUUUCACGAUAAAGGUUGUCAAUGGCGGCGAAAUAAUCCGAAAUGAGCUCGGAUUGUUACCACUUCCCCGCGCGCGUACGAGAGAACGCGUGUCUUUAAUUUAUCUGAUCAUUAUCUUCAAUAUCUUCCUGACUGGGUUAUGCCGUUCGUUCGAAAUCAUCUUUAAUGCCUUUGAAAAAAUCUCUGCGUCAACAAUAUACUCAUUAACGUAAGCCGCGUCUUACGCCUAACUAUCUCUCUCUCGGGAGAUUUGCGAUGACGUUUUUUUUUUCUUUAUGCUACAAACUCGCCACUUGCGCAACGAUAUUCGGCGAUCUAAGUUUCCCGUAACUCUUAAACUUUCCAACGAUUUGCUCGUACCUAAUCGGAACUUUCAUUUCUGUCGGAUAUCUAGGCGGCUCUUGGUUUGGAAAUCUUGAAGAUCUCUCGCUUUCCCGCGCACAUUCCCCCGCGUAUACGUGGGAGGUCGAAGUUUUCGCCGAUAAUCCGACUUAGCAUCUGCCGCUUAACAAGGCAAGUAUAAUUAUCGGGGAUGCGUGGAGGACCGUGAGCAGAUAUCCGCCUCGUAAGGAGCGCCUGUUUCGGAGAGCCUGGUCGAUUUCUAAGAUCGGAAAUUGGAAUUACAUUCUACAAAGAUGCACUCAUUUUACGUGACAUGAGAUAUGAGAAUGCGGUGACGUUGGGAAAGAGAGCUCGAUCCGAAAAUACAUAUCGUGACAUAUGCGAAUCGUUAAUUACGGUAAUAAGACUCAUAUCCAACCUUUAACGUAUAACUCGUAUAUUGAUGCAAGACACUUUCUGAUAUUCUACGCUGGCACAGCGGCGAGAAUCAAACGCGACAUAUCGAUUGCCAAACGUAUCACGCUACAUCAUUAAAACUCGCUAGAGUUCCACGUCUGCCACAAUAUAUAUCUCGAACUAUUACAAAAUUAAUUUCGCGUAAUCUCGAGACUCACUUUGUGCGAUCUGCCGCUACGGUGUACGAGAGAAGAGUUUGACCAACUUCGAAGAGUAAUCUCACUUGAAACGGACGUUUCACGCGUGUACCCCAUCGCGGAAAGAAAUCGAUGUUGUACGUCGGUCAGUGAUCGUCAGUCCUUUCGAUUAGGAUAAAGAAAACGUUCUUCGAAGUGAGGCUCUCGCCAGUGAAAUUCCUGGCGCGGCCACUCGUGAAAGGAAACACGUCUCUCGUGAAUCUCCUCUCUUUACUCGGGCGUUUAAUUAGCGUCCUCGAUCGCGUAGAAAGGAGGAACUAGCCUAGGUGCCCGGUGACCUUUCGACGUAACACGCGGCGAGAGCCGAAACCGGUGGGAGGUCGAGAGGAGGGGCGAGAGGAUGUUGCUGAGGUAACACGACAUUUCGAGGCCGCACGAGAAGCACGAUAAUCGCAGCGCGGGAAGGCGUCGAUCGCAGCAGGCGCAUAAAGGAAGAAUCGAAGAGUGACGGGAGGAUGGGUUUCCCUAGGAGAAGGUCUCUGUGGCUGAAGGUGGCAGUGCUGGCGACCGCCGUGUGGGUGACCGUCUGUUUCCUGCUCUACACGGAGGAUCGGGCGGCCGCCGUUCAGGGAUUGGCACCGUCGGGCGUCGCGAUGCCGCAGCAAGCGGCGAACGGCUUUGUGCCGCCCGCGCCGCCGUUUAGAAAAGAGACGUCCGGCAAUGUGGUCAACAACAAGAUGAAAAUCAAUCAGGCUGGCCCCGAGCAAGAUUCCAUAGGUGCUGGGGUGCUGGCUGUACCACGCGAGCCAGAUGCUGCUGCACCCGGCGAGAUGGGCAGGCCCGUAAUUUUGCCGACCAACAUAUCCGCGCAGACCAAGAAGCUGGUGGACGAUGGCUGGCUCAAUAAUGCGUUUAAUCAGUAUGCCAGUGAUCUAAUCUCCGUGCACAGAUCCCUGCCUGAUCCACGCGAUCAGUGGUGUAAAGAGCCUGGUAGAUACUUGAAGGACCUUCCGCCUACAGCGGUAAUUAUCUGCUUCCACAACGAGGCCUGGUCUGUGCUGUUGCGUACAGUGCAUUCCGUGCUAGACAGAUCGCCGGAACAUCUCAUACAAGAAAUCAUUUUGGUCGAUGAUUUCUCCGAUAUGCCUCAUCUGAAGCGUCAGUUGGAGGAUUACAUGAUGAAUUAUCCGAAGGUGAGAAUUAUCAGGGCGAGCAAACGAGAGGGUCUUAUCAGGGCGCGCUUGUUAGGCGCUGCGGCGGCCAGGGCUCCGGUACUCACGUAUUUGGAUAGCCACUGCGAGUGCACGGAGGGCUGGCUGGAACCUCUUUUGGAUCGGAUCGCACGCGAUCCGACGACGGUAGUUUGUCCGGUGAUCGAUGUUAUAGACGACACCACCCUGGAAUACCACUGGCGCGACUCGGGCGGUGUAAAUGUCGGUGGAUUCGAUUGGAAUCUCCAGUUCAAUUGGCACGCGGUGCCAGAGAGGGAGAAAAAGAGGCAUAAAAACCCGGCCGAACCCGUUUGGUCGCCAACGAUGGCUGGUGGGCUUUUUUCGAUAGAUCGAGCCUUCUUCGAACGAAUUGGCACGUACGACAGCGGCUUCGACAUUUGGGGCGGCGAAAACCUUGAAUUAUCAUUUAAAACCUGGAUGUGCGGAGGCACCCUGGAAAUCGUGCCGUGCUCGCACGUGGGUCACAUCUUCAGGAAACGUUCGCCUUACAAGUGGCGCAGCGGCGUGAACGUGCUCAAGAGGAAUAGCAUAAGACUGAGCGAAGUGUGGCUGGACGAGUACGCCAAGUACUAUUAUCAGAGGAUAGGUCACGACAAGGGGAACUACGGUGACGUAUCAGAGCGAAAGACCCUUAGAAAGAAACUGGGGUGCAAGUCGUUCAAGUGGUACCUGGACAACGUUUACCCGGAACUCUUCAUUCCGGGCGAGGCGGUUGCCUCAGGAGAGAUACGGCAAAUCGCUAGCGGAAUAUGUAUAGAUUCGCCAGGGAAAUCCGAAGACUUGCAUCAGCCGGUGGGCUUGUAUCCCUGUCACCGUCAAGGCGGCAAUCAGGUACCAAUUCGGCGAACUCGAAUUUCAACGAAUUUCCAGACCAAACUGACAGACAUUUACGUAUUAAAUCCUUUUCUACUCGGGGCGACAGAGACAUUUAUCUCUAAUCUAAUAUCUGGUUUUCGGGAUCGUAAAUCUACGCGACUUGUAAGAGCUGGCUCUUGUAACGCAUGUGCGCUCGCGUGCACGCUAACUCUCGGCACUAAUCGCCCUGCGUUUCGACGCGAUUAGUGGCAGUCGCUAAUCUGGUGCAGGUGCUCAUCAAUCCAUGUCUCUCUACUGCCCCUUGGUGAGAGAUGACCUCAAUUACUGCCUUUUGGCACGGUUUCUUACCGUGUUAUCAUCAUCAUUCCUCACAUUGAUAUAGUAGGGUUAGAUUUAAUCAUCGAUUUGGCUCCCCGUAACUCGUGGAGAGGAGCGAACAUAUCGAGGCGCGAGUAUUUCUAAAUCGCAUGCAUGUUAUAGAUAUAUUUUUAUAUUUCUAAUCUCUUUCUCUCACACAGCGUGUACAGCGUACAUCACCUUUUUGUAUUUUACACUUUGAUAAACACUUGAUCGCAUCUUUUUUGCAUCUCUUUUAUUUAUUUGCCGAUGAAACACGCGCGGAAGACAAACACGGCGGCAAUUUCAUCAGCGUUCCUCCGUUCAUUUUAUUAGCUUACGAGCUUACGGUUGCCACUCGGCGGAAUCGAGCGAGUCCCGCGCUCGCUGGUAAAUCCGCGCUUUAUCUUGUUUCUUGCACUCGUUCGGUCGGUCAGUGCGGUCUGUUAUUAAAGCCCGUGACACGAAAUAG